AUGUCUGGCUAUCCUGAUUCCAGCCCAGGCGGAAAUUCUGCUCCCAUGAAUACCUUCAGUCAAGGACAAGGGGGCUAUUCGACAGACAGAAACAACAAUGUCGGCCCUGCAAGCGGUCACCAUAACAACAACCUCACCGCGGUAGCUCAAGACCCCCAUUGGCAUAACGAAUUCCCUUUAGUGAGCAUUAUACCAUCACAUAUCUUGAGACAGGAACUCUGGCUACGUCAAUUACCAGAGUAUCCUGCCUUUGCCUCAGUUGGUCCUCAGAGCUCUUACCAUCAAAUGCUCUAUCGACCUACUCCGCCUCCGCCACCGCCUCCACCUGGCCCAAGGGGAGGGGUCAUACAGGGAAGACUAAACCCAGAGACAGCGCCAUGGCAGCCAGCAGUUUACCCCAGUAUCGCGACAGUGGCUCAGCAGAUAUCCAACGAUGCUAAUGCGCUUCCACCCAGCCUUGCUGACCUUAGGACUCUUGAAACCCCGCCGUCUCGGGUUGAACCCCUCACUUUGCCAGCUAUUGAAUAUAGCUUAGAGUAUAUGGCGAGCCUUCGAGGACUAGUUCAAUCCCAAGAAGACCUCCAGGCCAACGGAUAUAUCCUCAAGAAUCUUACACAGAGCGAGUUAGAGAAGAAGAAAAAGUGCAAGCAUUGCAACAAGCCCAUGCUAGGAAGACGUCCAAACGGCAGAGGAGAUGAGACAUCGAAAACGGAAGGAGCUAAAGAUGACGUUGUACAAGAAAGUCCAUCUUUGCCCUCUGGUAUAGGCAUUGCGUCCGAUCCCAAGCCAAUUCAAGCUCCUAAAUUUCUAUGCAAAUACCACAAUGGGCAGGUUAUUAAGAAGAAUUGGUCCUGCUGUGGAAAUCCCGCAAUCUCCGGUAAACCAUGCGUUGAAAACGAAUUUCAUAUUCCACGCCAGUACCAGCAGGGAGAACUCGAAUCCCAGUGGGAAUACCGUGCGACACCCGCAGGACAGAUAUUGUACAGCCCACGUCCGGCAGUCGCUAUUGACUGUGAGAUGGGAAUAUCUAAGCAGGGGGAUUCAGAGCUCAUUCGUGUCACGCUUAUCGACUACUUUUCCUCCGAAGUGCUUGUUGAUAGUCUGGUCUCUCCGGAUGUCGAGAUGCGGGAUUAUGUGACACGCUAUUCUGGAGUGACAAAAAGAGAUAUGGAGAUCGCACGCAACACUCGAAACUGCUUCUUUGGAAGAGAUAACGCUCGGAUGGCAGUGUGGCGGUUUGUUGGGCCAUAUACAAUUGUUGUGGGCCAUUCAGCAAACAAUGAUUUGAGCGCCUUGAGGUGGAUUCAUCCUUUGGUAGUAGAUACCUUUCUUAUCGAGUAUAUCCCUCACAAGAAAGCGGUAAAGGCAAAAAUCGAACAAGAGCACAAAGAAGCGAAAGCCAAAGUCGAGCAAGAGCAGAAAGAUGCAAACGCCAAAGCCGAACAAGACCAGAAGGAUUCAAGUGAUAAAGCAGCACAAGGAAAGAGCGAGGCUGAGCCAUCGUCCGCUGCGACGCCAUUGAAAUCUCCAACAGUCACCGAGGAGUGCGUUGAGGAAGAAAAGCCGCCACAGAAAAAGGCUAAAAUGCCACAAUCUGGAGGGCCAAUGUCAUUGAAGUUUCUAACAAAAACGAGGUUGGGCCGAGACAUCCAAAUGCGGGGAAACAGAGGGCAUGAUAGUCUUGAAGAUGCUAUUGCGACUAGAGACUUGGCCCACUGGACCGUCGUGAAUGGUAAUUCUUUGAGAGCUGGUGGAGGACAAUAG